GUCAAGCGUAUCGCGGAGCCUCGUUUGUCGCUGUCGGUACCACGACCAGCCAAACCUGUUGGUGUCCGUGGAUCGCGGUAAGGGCCAAGCUCAAUGUUGACAGUACGUACACUUAUAGUCAGCUAUUUAAAUUAGUGGCGCACUGUGUAUGUUCAUUAUGUGUGUUGAAUGUUCGGUAGGUAAACUCUAUCAAUGCAGUAAUACUUAGACCGGUGACACGAGUGAAGGUGUCACACAUGUACACCUGCCCGGCUUGUUUCUGCCAAUUUUCGUCCUUAUGAACGUGUCUGAUAAUCGGCUAAUACCCAUAACGGUUACAAUGUACUUUGGGAGAUAAUACCAGAUACAAAACAAAUGUUGUAUUAAGUGGAUUAUAUAACACGACGGUGAUACUUUUAAGUAAUUUUCGACAAUAUAUAUUUCAAACACACCGAGCGAAAACGAUGUCGUUUUGUGUGUCUUACGGAAGACUGACUACAAAUAACAUCAAACACAUCUACUCAACAAAAGAGUUCAAACCAAGUGUGCGCCGUUUUCAAGGGAUAUACAACCCGCCAACACAUUCCCGUCAUUUUUCUGAGACCUACCACGCAGCCUCGCUGAGGAAAAGGCUUUACGAGGAUGAUGGUGAAUACGGCUAUAUACCACGUGCACCUGCGUUCAGGCAGGUGUCUGAGGAUGAAGUGAACUCUGUUGUGGCCCGUUUAAGUCAACCCAACCCCAUUAAGUUACAUCCACGUGCUUGUAAGCAGUACCAACGAGGGUUUGCGAAAUAUAAGCACGAAGAGGAAGAUCCCCCAGAGGAGUGCUUGAAGACCCCUCGCGACGUGAAAGAAAUGGUUGCUAGGUUAAAUGCGCCAACUGUAUGUAAGAAAAGCCAUUAUUACCAGACAACGAACAGUGCCGAAUAUGACGACGAUUUUGAAGACCUUCCACCCGUUUCAGACUGAUGUUGGUUAACUUUUAAUUCCCUUGGAUGAAGAACUGUGUAAUAUUAUUUAAAAUGUUUUUCUUUGGACGUCUUAUUUGCAAUUCGACGUGGACUGCCGUUCGGGUGAUUUCCUCAAAGCUUGACGCUGAGAUAUAAUACUAUUAUAACUUUAUAACCGGGGGAAGUGCAUGGCAUUGAUAGUGUAUUUUCUUGAUUAGAAGUGAUAUAUUCUUUCAACAUUUUUGGAACCUUUGCUCAGCAUUGCCUUUUAUCAUUUUAUGUUUCUCAUUGGAUCUGUUCAGUGAGUGGGGUACUCAUGUGUAAAGGAGGUUCAAAACGAGCGCGUGCUUAUGUUGGUUCGUUUCGUUUGUUAUAUGUAUAACCCGGCUGGCCACGCAUAUUAACAAUAUAAUUAUUUAAUGAAGUUCACUCGUACAACUGGUGCCCAUUAUUCGCUGCAUGACAACUUCCACAUUCUCUAUAUCAAUACAAAAAUGGCUUAUAUUAUCAUAAAAAUAUGCAGGAAUAACUUCGUGAAGUAAGUCGACACACAUUGUCUAUCUUUAGGCCAUACGAUGCUUCUUUUACAAACUUUUUGCAAAAUUAUGGACACAAACGAUGAAUUAGGAUAAAGAGGUAGAAUGAUGGUAUGAUGUUGGCAAUAUCCUUGGUCUCUGACACAAUAUGUUUGUAUGUGAGGGUUUGUGAUAUCAUUGAUCUCUAACACAAUAUGUUUGUAUGUGAGGAUUUGUGAUAUCAUUGGUCUCUAACACAAUAUGUUUGAAUGUGGGGGUUUGUGAUAUCAUUGGUCUCUAACAGAAUAUGCUUGUAUGUGAGGGUUUGUGACAUCAUUGGUCUCUAACACAAUAUGUUUGAAUGUGAGGGUUUGUGAUAUCAUUGGUCUCUAACACAAUAUGCUUGUAUGUGAGGGAUUGUGAUAUCAUUGGUCUCUAACACAAUAUGCUUGUAUGUGAGGGUUUGUGAUAUCAUUGGUCUCUAACACAAUAUGUUUGUAUGUGGGGGUUUGUGAUAUCAUUGGUCUCUAACACAAUAUGUUUGUAUGUGAUGGUUUGUGAUAUCCUUAGUCUCUAACACAUUAUGUUUGUAUGUGGGGGUUUGUGAUAUCCUUGGUCUCUAACACAAAAUGUUUGUAUGAUAGGGUUUGUUAUAUCCUUGGAUUCUAACACAAUAUAUUUGUAUAUGCAGAUUUGUGAUAUCCUUGGUCUCUUACACAAUAUGUUUGCUUGUGAGGGUUUGUGAUGAUCUCGUCAAUUUACUUAGAUGCUAUCACUAGUCAAAUCAUAUUUCGCUUUAACUGCAGUGCAAGGCAUAUAUCGAUCAAUCGUAAGUAAAAGAAAUAGACCAAUAGCAAUAGUAUAAUCAAUUGAUCGCGUGUACACAAUAUAUAUUAUUAUUUAUUUUUAAACAUUUCAAUUAAUCGGAAUUCUUUUUAUUAUUACAAACAGGAAUGUGAAAAGUAUUAUACAUGUUUUAUUAUUAUCAUAUAUUUCUAUAUAACAUGUUGACUGCGAAUAUAUACAUAGUUUUCUACAAAA